AGAAGUUCGUAAGCUAGCUUACCUUGAAGUCCCAUGUCGUCGUCUAGAACUGGUCUUCCCCCACUUUCUUCGAAAGGUGUCUUCUCAGUCUCAUCUUCUUGUGUUAUAGAUGCGCCUCGCAAAGAAGUGUGGGAAGUUUUGAUGGACUGGAAGUCAUACAAGGAAUGGAACCCGUUCGUGCGAGACCAACGCAUCACAGAUGCGCGGAAGAAUCACCUGCCCGACGAGACUCCACGUGAAGGGUGUUACCUAUAUAUCCACCCGGUGCACAUUCCUCCGUCAUAUGACAACCCGUGGUUUCCAGGCUCCGCGUUCGAGCGGAUUACAGUAUUGGAUCACGAAAAUUAUCGUACAGCAUGGGUGAACAUCGAAAUGCCACACUGGUUGCUCACCGCGGAACGGUGGCAGGCGCUCGUAGAAGUUGAGGGAGGCAAAACACGUUAUGAGACGGUUGAGGUGUUUGGUGGGCUCCUCGCGUAUCUGGUCAGGGCCUUCGUUGGGAAUGGAUUGAAGAAGGGAUUUAUAGCCAUGGCUGAAGGGCUUAAAAACAGAGCAGAAGAAAGGUACGAGGGGCAUGUGAGCACCACUACUAGCUAAUUGGAACCGAACCUCUGGGAUGGGCUUCGCGGUAUCACCGCGGAUGCGAAACAUGAUAGAUAACCGCCGGGUCGUGACAGGUAAACAGCAUACGACGUCAUGUCGGACUAUGGAUUAUAAUUAAUUAUAAGGAGGAUGUGACUCCA